AUGGAUAAGGAAUCACAUCCGGAUUUGUCACAUGCAAAUUUGAGCUAUCAAAACAAUAAUUUUAGUCACUCGAAUUCUCUAACAAAUUAUCAAAACUCUACAGAUCGUUCACAUCUCCAGCAACAGUAUAGCGGCAAUUCCUCCCAGCAAGUGCAUCACGUUUUAUCAUCUCAGAUACCAGACAAUUCUCGUUGUUCAUCUGAGGGUUCUGGUGUUCCCAUCGUUCCUGGAUCCUCUGCUCUAAGUCCUCGACCUGCCCCAAGCCAGGGCGCCGUGUAUAUGACUGCCCAGUCUUCACAAGGCUUAAAUACAUACCCAGAAGCAAAUAAGCCACCAAAUCAGAGUUUUUAUGGUUUGAGCGGAUCCACCGGUCCCUCAAAUCAAGGAGUUGCUUAUGUUUCUCAGACAAAUCUUCAAAGUACCUCUUCGGCUGGUCCUGGCUUUAGUGCUGCUCCCGGUUAUCACGCUCCAAUGACGAAUUCAACUGUACAGAAUACUUCCUCAGGAUCUUCAUCUGCCACUGACCUUGAAAAACGACAGUUAAUACAACAGCAACUCUUAUUAUUACUUCACGCUCAAUGUUGUCGUCAAGAGCAAACGCAUGCAACACCCUGCAAUACACCCCAUUGUCGCACUAUGCGAAAUGUCCUCCAGCACAUGAAAAAUUGCACUGAGGGGAAGAAUUGUCGUAAACCUCAUUGUGCUUCUUCUCGACAAAUAAUUUCCCACUGGAAAAAUUGCAGCAGCCGAGAAUGUCCUGUUUGUGGUCCCUUAAGGCGAAGUCAUCAGCAAAGGGCGAUGGCCGCCGCCGCAACCGUAAAUCAACGCCCUCCUGGAGUUGGCCAAAGUGGUGCUCAAGUCUUACCUUCUACUUCUCAACCACCAUGUGGUGAAAUGAAUGGUAUAUCUACUCCUAUGGGUCAACCUCAACAUGCUAUUCGUUCUCCUAUUCCACAGAACGUAAGGAGGUCUAUACCGGCGCCUCCUACAACUUCCACACCUCAGGUCAAAUCCAGUAUUCAAUCUCCAUUCUCUCAACAGCCGCCAGUUCCUAAUUCUGCUAUUACCCCCUCUACUACACAGGCGCAAGGUAGUGGGAGUGGUGGUGGUGGUGGAGAGGGUAGUGAACAAGCCGAUUGGCGAGCGGGAAUUAAUUCGGAGCACCGAGAUCAUGUAGUUCGCAGAAUUGUGAAAUAUAUUCUACCUCAACCGGAUCCUGCAGCCUACAGUGAUCCUAGGAUGACAAAUUUGAUAGAAUACGCAAAAAAAGUGGAAAGUGCGACUUAUAAUACAGCUAACAGUAGGCCGGAGUACUUUCAGCUCCUCUCAGAGAGGUGCUACAAGAUUUACAAGGAGUUAGAGGAAGCGCGGAGAAGACGGAGAAAUGCAGCAACGUCUGGAAAUGGAUCUACUUUGAUUUCCGCUAAUGAUUCAACUACAUCAGCGCCUAAUAUUUCUGCAAAUUCCGUUGACUCCACUGGUGGUGGAAUGACUCAAAAUCUCGGCUCUGUUGUUUCAAGCGGUGGUGCUUGUUCAUCAACCAUGGAUUUUAGACAGGAGCAAGAGAGCUUUGGAGCCGUCAAAAAGGAUGAGGAUAUUAAACCACCUUCAGCCUCGUCCUUCAUAACCGAUUCAAAUAAGUUAUCAACUUCCUCUUUGCCAAAAGAUGUGAAGAAGGUGAAAGCUGAGGAUUCUAUCGGAUCUAUUGCCACAAGUAGUACAUCAAUAAAUGCAACUUCCUUUAGUGAGAGUGCCAAAGUCGAUGAAUCCAAAUGGAAGAAGUGGUCUAGGGAGGAGCUUCUUAGAAACCUUUUGUGCCUCUAUGAGGAAGUGUAUGCCGACAAGAAUGCGGAGUGGUUUCGUGACCCUGUUGACCCUGUCGCCUUGAAUAUACCCGAUUAUCCGGAGGUUAUUGAACACCCUAUGGAUUUAUCUACAAUUAGAAAUAAUCUUGAAGAUGGCGUCUACAAAGAUCCAUGGGAAGUAUUGAAUGAUUUUCGUCUGAUGUUUAACAAUGCGUGGCUGUACAAUAAGAAAAAUUCGAAGGUUUACAAAAUGUGUACUAAGUUGUCUGAAUUGUUUGAGAGUCGAGUGGAUCAAGUUAUGCAAGCGAUGGGAUUUUGUUGCGGACACGAGUAUUCCUAUCAGCAAAUACUCUAUUGUAGUUCAGCUAAUGUUUGUACAAUUGGUAAAGACGCUUUCUAUUACAUGUACACCAAUACUGACAAGAGCGUUCUUAUCUGUGAUACGUACUAUCAAUGCGAAAAGUGUUUCAAUGAUGCAGGAGAUGAGAUUUUACUUGCAGAUGAAGUUAAUCAAGCCCCUGUUCCUGUAAGGAAAGAACUCUUUGAACGGAAGAAGAAUAAUGUGACCAUCGAAGAAGCCAUAGUUUAUUGCAAGGAAUGUGGUCGUCGCUGGCACAAAGUUUGUGCGCUACAUAUGGACGAAAUUUGGCCAAAUGGAUUUGUUUGCCCUGGCUGUCUGCGCGAGCAUGGACAGAGGCGAAAGGAAAAUCGUUUUACUGCCAAAAAUUUGCCUACAAAUAAAUUGAGCAACUUUCUUGAGCGGAGAGUUAAUGAUUUCUUGAAAAAGAAGGAAGUCGGUUCACGGGAUGUUACCAUUCGUGUUCUAGCCAGUUCAGAUAAGACAGUUGAGGUAAAACCACUCAUGCGAAAUCGUUUUACCGAAAGUGGAGAACUAUCUGAAAGCUUCCCUUAUCGUCUAAAGGCCAUCUUCGCAUUUCAAGAGAUUGAUGGCCAAGAUGUUUGUUUUUUUGGCUUAUAUAUACAGGAGUAUGGUUCAGAGUCGCCUCAACCAAAUCGAAGGCGCGUAUAUGUAGCUUACCUUGAUUCCGUCUUCUACUUUCGUCCCAAACAAUAUCGAACGGAUGUAUAUCAUGAAAUUCUAGUGGGGUAUUUGCAUUACGCUAAACAAUUGGGCUACACAAUGGCGCACAUUUGGGCUUGUCCACCAGCAGAAGGGGAUGAUUAUAUCUUCCACAUGCACCCUGUCGAACAGCGGAUACCUAAAGCUAAACGCCUGCAAGACUGGUAUAAGAGAAUGCUCCAAAAGGCAAUGAUUGAAGGAAUUGUAGCUGACUUUAAGGAUAUACUCAAGGACGCUAUUGAUCAUCAUCUUGUCUCCCCUACUGAGAUACCAUAUUUCGAGGGUGAUUUCUGGCCUAAUACCUUGGAAGAAAUCUUACAGGAUUUAGACAAAGAGGAAGAGCGCCGACGGCGUGAAGAGGCUCUUGCAGAAACGGAGGAUGAUGAAGACGGAUCACGCGAUCGAGAUGGUUCCCAUGGGGAUUUAGACAAGCGUUCUGGCAAAAAGAAGGCAAAGAAGCGAAAGUUCAGUAAAAAGUCUGGAAGUUCAAUGGCUAAGAGGAAAAAAAUAGAUGGACCUGUGGAUUGCAAUACUGAGCUUACUCGAAAAGUCUAUGACACGAUGGAGAAAUUAAAGGAAAUUUUCUUUGUAAUUCGGCUGCAUAAACACGCUACUACAGCUUCUCUCCCGCCAAUUUCAGAUCCGGACGCCCUAAUUGCUAGUGAAUUAAUGGAUAGUCGAGACUCCUUCUUGCAAAUGGCCCGAGAGAAACAUCUGGAGUUUUCGUCUCUUCGACGGGCUAAAUACUCUACUCUCGUCAUGCUGUAUGAACUCCAUAAUGAGGGCAAACAGAGCUUCCUAUAUACUUGCAAUGUGUGCAGAGAUCAAAUUGAGACACGUUGGCAUUGCAAUGAGUGUGAUGAAUAUGAUCUGUGUAAUCGUUGCUAUAAGACUGAAAAUCAUCCUCAUCCUAUGGAGCAGUAUGGUUUGGGUAUUGAGGAGGAAGGCUCUAAUAGUAAUGGUGAAUCUGGAUCAGAUCGUCCUUCUGGUACUGCAGAGAGAAGACCUAACUUCCUCGCUUGUAUCGCAGCGCUUAUUCACGCUAAUAUGUGUCGCGAUGCUAACUGUCGCAAUCCUUCUUGUAUCCAGAUGAAGAAGGUCCUGUCCCAUUUGCGAUCCUGUCCUAAACGAUCGAGUGGUACUUGUCCAUUGUGUCGUCAACUCAUUAGCAUGUGCUGCAUGCAUGCCAAGUCCUGUACCAAAGAUCAAUGUCAGGUGCCGCUGUGUCCACAACUAAAGGAUAGGCUUCGUCAGCAACAAUUGCAAAAAAGGCGUCAGCAAAACAAAUCUCUUCAGAGAAGAACGAAUCUCACGCGCGGUGCUACUACUGCUGAUGUGUCGACAGUUCCUACCUCUCAUCAUCCGCAGUAUGGUGGCCAAACCAGUGCUGCAUCAGCGUCUUCAGCUAACCCAGAUAUUUCUUCACCCAUGUCCAGAAACUCCUCAUUUAGCAGUUCUUCGAAUGUUAGUCGAGUGGGCAGCAUGCAGAACAUGUCCCUUAAUGGCGGUCCUAUGAGUGUACCUGCGGCUGCUCCACGAGCUUUACCUACAUCCACUUUCCCUUCUUCCCAAGGCCAACAGCAAACAAGGUUGCCUGUUGCACAAGGUACAUGGUCAGACUCACCUUUGAAUAAUCAGUCGGGCAUGUCUACUCCUCAAUCUAAUUCGAAUUUCCGGUCUGCUAACAAUGCGGUCCUGGUAACUCAACAAGAGGUGGUUCCUACUCAACAGCAAUUGAAUAAUGUCAGACGAGUGCUGGAUGUCAUCCGUGGUACCCCGGCUUCUCAAGAGGAGCAAAAUAGACAGUUUAUGGCUUGGCUUAGCCGUCAUCCCGACUACAGGCCGGCUUAUGAAACACUGCGCAAUCGUGGUAGGCAAGCUGCAGCAAAUCAACAGAGGUUGGCUGCCGCUCAACAAGCUAAUGUCGCUAACCUUGUUCGAACACCACAUCCGCAGACAGUGGUUCAGUCAUCGUCACCUGCAGUACUGUCUUACAGUAUAAAUGUGGAUUCAACAACCCCCAUUAUCUCGUCCCAACAACAACCGAGACAGGUGAUCGCUGCUGGUGGUGUGAGUCAACGUCAAUUUACCCCACAGCAACAGUUUGCACAGCAAAUAACUGACCAGCAACAACAGCAGCAGCAAUAUGUCAUUAAUCAGUCCAUGCGGGUUCGAACCUUGGCUAGUGGUGGUGUUCAACAGCAGCAGAACCAACAUCCUGUUGAUCAGCCCCAACAACAGCAGCAGAGGUUCACCAACUUGGUUCGCCCGUGGCCUGGUAGUCAACAGCAGUCGCAGCAGAUGUAUUCAAACAAUAGUCCGGGUGGUGGGGUACAGUCCUCGACAGUUUGCACAGGAGGGAAUAGUGGCAGCACAGCACUUCUAACCACUGUUGGUGGAGGCUCCCAACAACAACAAAAUCAGCAUCAUCCCCAACAGCAAGUAAUAUCUCAAUCGCGAAUUCUUACUGGAGGCCAAAGAGUUAUUGGUGGUCAACCUACCGCUGCUGUUGUUCAUCUCCGAACAACUGCCCCCCAACAACAGCCACAGCAUGUUCUAGUGACGAAUCCUGUUACAUCGGCAAAUACCUCUCAACAGCGUCCAGUUGUGACGAUGAUGCAGCAGCAGCAGCAGCCCCCGUCCUCUCAGAACCCGCCGCAGCAGCCACCUUCCUCAAAUAACCCCCCGGGCUCGUGA